AUGACUCCUUUCAAUUUUACAGAGAUGAAAAAGAGUUUGCCAGCAAACUCUCAAAAGCAAGCUGCAUCGUUCCCAAAUACUCCGUCAGUUCUCGGACAACUUUAUACUCGACCAGCAGACAAUUCCUUUUUAAAUAUACCAUCAAUUGUCACAUCACCUUCCAUACCAACCGACUCUUUUUCAAUAUUUCCAAUGUCACACGAUUCUAUGAAAAAUCAAAUCCCACAGGCAAUUUCAGCUCCUGUCACUCCUACCGACAUCUCUACACCUGGAUUUGACGGAAAAUCGAGUGGUUCAAAAAGUAAUAGUAAUUUAGCGCAUAUUCCAUGCAAAUUCUUCAAAAGUGGUGCCUGCACAGCUGGAAAAAAUUGUGUCUUUUCACAUGACAAAAAUUCAUCAGCGGACAAUUAUGUUUGUAAAUACUUUCUUAAAGGAAAUUGCAAAUUUGGAAAUAAAUGCGCUCUAUCUCACACACCAAGUGAUCGUAAACUCAGCAACGGUCGAUCUAUUACUAAUAGUGGCAACAAUAAUAAAAAUGGUCUUAAUGGUCAAAGAGUUAUCAGUGGAAGCAUUCCAGAAAUUAGAUCUCCUAUGAUGCAUCCUCAAUUAUUUGCCAGUGUGCAUGAUCAAAAUGAUUUUCCUCCAAUGAGCUCCCCAGUGGGUAGUGGUGGUGCUGCAUUCUCUCGUAUACCAAUUAGUCCAAACACUGAUUUCAUGAGUAAUCGACAAUACAGUCAUCUUACCGCUUCUCUGAAUGAUCAGCCGUUCUCUCCUGAUGAGACCACGCAAGAUUUGAGGAUUAGUGGUUUUUCACCUUCAUUUGGAGGCGAUCAUUUGUCUGCUCCAAUUCAGAUUCAUAACCCUCGAAGAUCUUUGCCGAAUAUUUUUUAUCAAGGAUCAGAUCAUUUUGGAACUUCGCCAUUCCAUCCAAAUAGCUCCAAGUCCUCGUUUUUACCUGGUGGCACAUCUUAUGGAAGUGACAGUGGGAUGUUAUCGCCGACUAGUAAUGCACCUCAACUUCAAAGUAUUCCAGAGAUACAAGAUUUACGAAAUAAUGAUGACAUAAUGGAUGAAGUUGAGAUCUUUGAAUAUGAUGAAGAUUUUCUUCCUUCCUCGUUGAAUGAUUUGCUUACUGACCGAGAAAGACGUCGCAGUCGUCAAGACGAUGUGUUUGAUAAUCCACGACGCUGGUUAAAUGGAGCUUCUACAUUGUUUCAAUUACCUCUGAAUGGUUCGGAUCAAUAUAUAAAUAGUAACAAUAAUAAUAUUAACAAUAUUAAUAAUAUUAAUAAUAUUAAUAAUAAUAAUACUAAUAUUAAUAAUAUUGAUCCGUCUCAUAUGCAUCCAUUUGCAGCGAGAUCAUUGCCUUAUGCUAUGGCCUCCUUCUCUAAUUUCACAUUUGAACCACCACACGCAACGCCUGCCAUAAACAUUCCUCCCUCACAUGACAUCAAAACCAUUGAUAAUGCAAUGAUGGCCAAUAUUGAUUAUAAGCGGACGCCACUUUCUUAUUCUGCUAUUACUAAAGCCGGCUUAAAAGAUUCUGGUAUUACUCCUGGAAUUAGUAUUGACUCUAGACAUUCUGAGCCGCUAUGCCCGUUUGGUAUUGCUGGAAAUUGUCGAUAUGGCGACCGUUGUCAUUAUUUGCAUGGAACGCUUUGUCCUUCUUGCUUGAAAUUUGUCUUACAUCCAUAUAAAUCUGCGCAAGAAAAUCAAGAGCAUAUCGAUGAUUGUAUAAAUAGACAAAUUAAAGUUGUUGUUGGUGUGAAACCGGAAGAAUUGGAAUGUGGUAUCUGUUUUGAAAAAGUGUUGUCCAAGGAAGAUGCACGAUUUGGUCUUUUGAAUUGUGAACACGCGUUUUGCCUUCAAUGUAUUCGACAAUGGCGAUCUAACAUCACCAUGGACAAUCAAGUGGUUCGUGGAUGCCCUAUUUGUCGAACCCCUAGUCAUUUUAUCACACCAAGUACAACUUGGAUUACGGAUCGCCAAGAAAAGCAAAGAGUGAUUAACUUGUAUAAGCGAAAGUGUGGCGAAAUUCCAUGCAAGCAUUUUAAUUACGGCGACGGUCAAUGCCAAUUCGGUACCUCUUGCUUUUACGCACACGUCUAUCGUGAUGGCACCAAAGAAGAUGUGAAUAUUCGCAAGAUUCAGAAUGGAGAGGAAGUUCGUGUAUUGGACAGUGUCCGAUUAUGGGAUUUCAUGGAAAAUUUCGCGAAUAAGCGUGGAGCUGCUGUUAUGUCUGCUUCGACUGCUGACAAUCAGCAACAUCAUGGGACUAAUAGGAAUGUAGCAGACGAGAACAACAAUGAGAUCUCCAACACCACCUUAUCAGUAAACUCGCCAAUCUUCACACCAUCUGGCUUAACAAAUCCAAAUUCGGGCUUUACCCAAGCUUCGCAUGACGAUAAUCCUGAAGAAACGGAAGACGAUGUUCCUAAGCCCUGA